UGGAAAUAAUUUCCAGUUUGAGCAGCGAGAGAGAGAGAGAGAAGAGUACGAUACAUCGCGUAGAAAUGACUCGACGAAUCCGAUAAAAUCGCGCUCUCUCUCUUUCUCUGGUUUUUCCGCUUCGUCUCUUAAAAGCGUAAAAUGGAAAAAUGAGAGAAAAAUUUUCACUCCCGCCUAUAACUUGUUCCAUUUGCACUGUCUCGAUCUCAUCGCCUUAGCUUUCGAUUCGGUUUUCUGUAAAGCGAAGCAAAUUAUCAAUUAAGCCCUAAUUUCGAAUUUCCAUUUUCCUUCUCUCUUUUCCCUCGUUUUCUCUCUUGAAUUUCCCGAUACAAUUUGGUUCCUUCAACUCAUUCUGUCAUUCUAUCUAGAUUUGCUUGAAUUGCGCGAUUUAGAAUACAGAUUGCAGAUGUCUGGAUUCAGACUUAGCGGCAUAGCAUCUAAAAUAUUCUAUAAUUUGGGAAGGAGUUAUGCUUGUUUGGAGGUUUUCUAUGUAAGUAGACCAAAGAUGACUGCAUGUCAUACUUCAAGGAGAACAUCAAUUAUUGUGGAUAUCCUUGUCAUUUUGCCAUACCUAAUUUGGUAUGGGCAUCAUGAAGGCUUCCUGCCAAUUGACUUGGUCAGCUUUGCAGGAAAUGGCAAAAGGUAGCAGAGGACAUCGCAGGAUUGCUUCCCGACAAUGCAGGCCAGCGCCAUACCAUUUACCAUCUUGUAAUCAUGAUGUUUUGGAGGACUUUUACCUUAAGAAGUCCUCCAAAGUGUUGGAUAAGAAAGAAUGGGAAGACGUAACAUGUUCUGUGUGCAUGGAGUGCCCACACAAUGCUGUUCUUCUACUUUGUUCCUCUCACGACAAGGGUUGUCGCCCCUAUAUGUGUGCAACUAGCUUUCGUUAUUCUAAUUGCCUUGACCAGUACAGAAAGGCCUACACUAAAAUCACCUCUUCCAGUGGCACUGCUGAUAACCCGAUUCUGCUAUCGGAUUCUGGUUGGCCUGUCGACAAGUGUGAAGUUUCAGAGCUUGCUUGCCCCCUUUGCAGGGGCCAGGUGAAAGGGUGGACUGUGGUGGAACCUGCACGAGAGUAUCUAAAUGCCAAAAAGAGAAGUUGCAUGCAGGAUGACUGCUCAUUUGUUGGAAAUUACAAGGAGCUAAGGAAGCACAUGAGGACAGCUCACCCCUCUGCGCGGCCACGUGAAGUUGAUCCAAUUCUUGAGCAGAAAUGGAGAAGGCUUGUGAGAGAACGUGAACAUGAUGAUGUAAUUAGUACAAUAAGGUCCACAAUGCCCGGGGCAAUGGUGUUUGGGGAUUAUGUAAUAGAAGGAAAUAAUUAUGGUUUUGAUUCAGAAGAAGAAAAUGGGGGGUUCGAUGCAGAUGCUGCAGAGAGGAAUGGGAAUUUUGAGGCGGGUUUUGAUCGAAACUUGGUGAAUGUCUUCCUUCUGUUGCAUGCCAUUGGGGCAUCAGGGGAUGGUCUCAAUAGACGUUUAAGGCAGUCUGAAAGGCCAAACCAUAUAGCAAUGGAUGAGAGUGAUGAUGGUAUCCGCCAUAUUUCUCCUGUCAGGGGUUCAAAUUCCUCGGACAUUAAUGACAAUGAUAGUAAUGAUGACAAUGGUGAUGGUGGGUUAUCACUUGUAAGCCGCCUUCACCGACAUGACAGAGUGCUUCUGGGACGUUCAGGGAGGAGGAGUCGGCAUAGAGAAGCUGGUGAAGGUGAAAGAUGAUUUGGAAUGGUAUUUGUGGAUAAGCAUUCGGUAGGUAACAUAGUUUUAGGAAGGAUGAAUAUCUGGGAUAAAAGAAACACAAAGGAAUUUCCUUCAAAUUCCGUGUAUUUAUUUAUAUUGCACCAAAUCUAUGAUAGAUUGGUAGGGGAAGUUGAUUCUGAAACAAUGGCUGAUCUUUUCAUUUCAUGUUCUGUAAUUGUCGUAGGUAUAGUUUCUCAGUUGCCUUUCUAUCCUCCUGUAUGGUAAUCCAAACAAAGUUCUCUUUGGAAAUAACCUUUGUAAACAUUUGAUUAAACAAUGUAUUUACUUUGCUUCAAGAAAAAAAAACAUGUAUUUUCUUUGAUCAUA